ACCGUAAAACUCAUGUCUGACCUUCCUCGAGAGCUGAUAUACGCGAUUGUGGACGCCAUCGUCUCCCCGCUAGACCUCUCUGCUGACCCUUGGAUCGUGGACAAUGCAUCCGAAUACCUAACAACGCUUCGCGCGUGUUCUUUGGUUGCUCAUGACUUCGUUCGACCUUGCCAGCAUUAUAUCUUUCACGGCGUCACGAUCGGCGAGGAUGCAAGCCGUCUGGCGACAAUCGUCAACCAGAGCCCACACAUUGCUGGCUACAUCAAGGCACUCUAUAUCGAAUCCGCGCUGAAAGACGGCAACGGUGUCCUGGUCCGACAGUUGCUCACUCUUACCACGGGUCUCGAGCGACUGGAUAUCUACCCCGUCCCAAAUGGUGCUCGGUGGGCAGCGGAGUACAUGGCCGUGUUUGGUGACCUGGCCUUGGACAGCUUACACCAUCUUACGCUGUGGUAUUUUACCUUCGACAAUGCUACGCAGUUAGAAAACCUAUUAUCCAAGAAUUCCGGGCUCCGCACGCUCGUAUUACGCUCAGUGACGCUCAUGGACACAUCCAUAUCUCAAACGAACGGGGAGACAGAACCACUGGUGACACUGGAGCGGCUAGACUUGUAUUUUCUUGACGCGGCAAAUGUCGCGGCGUUGGUGGGGGCAUUCCAGCGGGUGGAUCUCGGGAAACUCAAGUCUCUGUAUCUCCACAACACGCCAAUGAGCUCGCUUAUCGAGCUAAACACUUCAACCCUGGAGGACCUGCGGAUACGUGCCUAUUUCCCAGACACGUUUCUCAACCAAAGUGUCGAUGCCGACGCCCUCGUUGAUGCCUCGCAGCUUCAGACACUGGACCUCAAAAUCCCAUUUCUCUCAUCGCUCACCCAGAUGGUCCGCCGCUUCGGGCCCCUGACCAAUCUGGUCCAACUGCACACCAUCGUCCUCUCCGUGUCGCAGAAGACGACCCCCGCGGAAUGGACGGCGCUCGACCAGCUACUAGGCGUUGUCGCUGGUGAUCUCCCAGGGCUGAAGCACGUGCGCGUGUACUCUGGGUCCCAGUGGAAUUCUCAAGAGCCGCAUCCGGAGGGUCAGAUCCGACAAUGGAUGCCUGUGUUAGCAGCAAGAGGCGUUCUGAGACUGAUGGGGCAUGAUACUACUGAGGGAGACGAAUUCGCUGGCAUUUAG